AUGGCCGAGACCGCCAAGCUCCAACUGUUUGUCAAGGCGAGCGAGGACGGCGAGAGUGUGGGGCACUGCCCUUCCUGCCAGCGGCUCUUCAUGAUUCUGCUUCUCAAGGGUGUGCCCUUCACGCUCACAACCGUGGACGUGCGGAGGUCUCCAGACGUACUGAAGGACUUUGCACCCGGGUCGCAGCUGCCCAUCUUGCUUUACGAUGGCGAGGCCAAGACGGACACACUGCAGAUCGAAGAGUUUCUGGAGGAGACUCUGGGGCCACCCGACUUCCCCAGCCUGGCACCCCGCUACCGGGAGUCCAGCACAGCGGGCAACGAUGUCUUCCACAAAUUCUCUGCGUUCAUCAAAAACCCAGUGCCCGCGCAGGACGACGCCCUGUACCAGCAACUGCUGCGCGCCCUCCUCCGGCUGGAUGGCUACCUGUGCGCGCCCCGAGAGCACGAGCUGGAACGGGAGCCGCAGCUGCGCGAAUCACGUCGCCGCUUCCUGGACGGCGACCAGCUCACACUGGCUGACUGCGGGCUACUGCCAAAGCUGCAUAUCGUGGAUACGGUGUGUGCGCACUACCGACAAGCACCCAUCCCCCGAGAGUUGCGUGGCGUCCGCCGCUACCUUGACAACGCGUUGCAGGAAAAAGAAUUCAAAUACUCGUGUCCUCACAGCGCGGAGAUCCUGGCUGCCUACCGACCGGCCGUGCGCCCCCGCUAGC